UCUAGCGACUGGUCUCUUUUGCAAUCAUGGAGAUUUAGAAGAAUUAGAUCGUGUGGAGGGGGAGCCCCCCUCCCCGCUCCUUUGUUUCUUGGAAUUUUCUAUGGACAAUAACAUUUUUUUGUUGUAUAAAAUGGAGAAAUAAGACUCCACAGUAUACAUUUAUACUUAUAAAUAUUAUAUUUUUUAUUAAGUGCCAAACGUAACUGCAUAAAGAUUUCGAUGGCUGCUAUAUAAAAUUUAAUUUAAGUAUUAGGAGUAAUGAAUUUCCUGUGGCACUGUAUUGUGUCAUAAAAAGGGAGUGCCUUAGCAUUCAUACUGGUUGCUCCUCUUAAUGAGGGAGCAGUUUGAGAAAGGGGAGAAUGAAUUCUAUCCUUCCUGACUGCACUCUGAAGUGUCAUUCUCUGCAACAUGCUUUGGAUAUUAUUUCUGUAGUUACCAGAGGAAGUGAAGGCCAGAUCAAGGCCUUUCUCUCCUCUUACUGCUACAAUGCAGCAACCUUAAAGGAUACCUUUGGUAGGAAUGUCCUUCAUCUUGCUUCAUCUUGUGGUAAGAAAGGUGUUCUAGAUUGGCUGGCAGAGGCCAAAGGAGUGGAUUUAUUGGCAAAAGACAAGGAGUCUGGAUGGACAGCUUUGCACAGAGGCAUCUUUUAUGGACAUAUUGACUGUGUUUGGUCAUUGCUGAAGCAUGGGGCUAGUUUAUACAUGCAAGAUAAAGAAGGUUUAUCUGCCUUGGACCUUGUGAUGAAGGAUAGACCAGCCUAUGUAGUAUUCAAGAAAACAGAUCCCACAGAUGUCUACACUUGGGGAAACAACAUAAAUUUUACCUUGGGUCAUGGUGGUCAACAGAGCAAGCAUCAUCCUGAAUUGGUGGAUUUGUUUCCUAGAAAUGGAGUCUAUAUUAAACAGGUGGUGCUUUGUAAAUUUCAUGCGGUGUUCCUUUCCCAGAAAGGACAGAUUUACACUUGUGGACAUGGUCAAGGAGGACGCUUGGGUCAUGGUGAUGAACAAACAUGCCUGAUUCCAAGACUUGUGGAAGGUCUAAUUGGCCAUCAGUGUUCCCAGGUAGCAGCAGCUAAGGAUCAUACUGUUAUUUUAACAGAAGAAGGGUUAGUUUACACCUUUGGCCUCAAUACUUACCAUCAGUUGGGUAUUCUUCCUCCUCCUACAAACUGCAGUGUUCCCAGACAGGUUCAGGCAAAAAAUCUGAAAGGUAGAACGGUGAUUGGAGUGGCUGCAGGAAGAUUCCAUACAGUUUUAUGGACUAGAGAAGCAGUAUAUACCAUGGGAUUAAAUGGUGGCCAGCUAGGAUAUUUACUGGAUCCUAAUGGAGAGAAGUGUGUAACUGCUCCUCGCCAAGUCUCUGCUUUGCAUCAUAAGGACAUAACUGUGUCCUUAGUCGCGGCAAGUGAUGGCGCUACAGUAUGUGUUACUGAAAGAGGGGACAUUUACUUGCUCACAGACUAUCAAUGCAAGAAGAUUGCUUCAAGACAGUUGAAUCUAAAAAAGGUUCUUGUUAAUGGGGGAUAUUUGGAAUACAAGAUGGAUCCUCAACAUCUCAAAGAAAAUGGGGGUCAAAAGGCUUGCAUUCUUGCCCUGGAUGAAGCUGGAAGAGUGUUUUGCUGGAAGUCUUCCAACAGUCCUAUGAAGCAGUGUCGAUGGGUCUAUGGCCGUUCAGUCUUCAUGUCUGAUGUUGCUUUAAAUAACAAUGAAAUAAUGUUCGUCACACAGGAUGGGGAUGCAUUUACAGGAAAGUGGGUGGAAGGAGGAAAAAAAGCUUCUGAAAAGAAAGAGGUUGUAUCAAGCCUUCAGAAUUCCUCAUACGAAGUGUCUUGUCACUGUGAUACAAACAGUGUAUAUGAAAGAAUUCGACUCGAGAAGCUUGCUUUUGUCCACAGAGCGGUUAGUGUUACCACAGAUCCUAACGGAUGUAACUUUGCUGUUUUACAAUCAGAUCCUAAAACAAGCCUAUAUGAAAUUCCAAGUGUGUCAUCUUCAAGUUUUGUUGAGGAUUUUGGCAAAUUGCUAGGGGAAACAGAUGAAAUGGACAACAUCCAUGAUGUGACUUUUCAGAUUGGCACUCAAAUGAUCCCUGCGCACAAGUACAUUUUGGCCAUGCGCUCUGACUUCUUCAGGAAGCUGUUCAUUUCAGAUGACAAUCGACCGGACUCUUCAGAUGUCUAUCGUAAAGAUGAAGAUGCUGUAGGAUGUGAUCUCUUUAUGAUAGAGAAAGUGCAUCCAGAUUUGUUUACAUAUCUUCUGCAGUUCAUAUACAUGGACACUUGUGAUCUUUUGAGUCAUGGUUACAAACCAAGAAUGCUGCAUAAGGAAAAAACAGAGGGAUAUCAAGAUAACAUGAUUUCUAAUUUGAAUAAAAUGAGUUUCAGUGGAGAUGUUAAUGGAAAAUCUGCAUUUGAGGUUUACAGAAGUAAUCAAGUGCACUUAAUAAAUGAAAGAGAAAAGAACAAACCCAAGUCUUCUAAAAAAGGCAAAGUUGUUGGUGAAGAUGUCAACCCCAUAAAAAUGUUGCAAAGUGCUGCAAAGAAAUUUGGUCUCAGCAAUUUAAGUGAAAGAUUGGAUGGAGUUAAACUAGAAAAUGGAAAAAUUAAUGUUGUCAACAAGAAAAAUGGAAACAAACCAAAGUUAAACCAAAGAAAAUGUUCAUACCUCUGUGAUGUGACCAUGAAAUCUGUAGAUGGAAAGGAAUUCCCUUGUCACAAAUGUGUGCUCUGUGCAAGACUCGACUACUUUCAUAGGAUGUUAAGCAGUUCUUGGAUUGAGGCAUCCUGUUGUGCAGCUCUGGAAAUGCCAAUCCAUUCUGACAUACUUCAGGUUAUCCUGGAUUACAUCUAUACCGAUGAAGCUCCUGCUAUUAAAGAGUCUCAAAAUGUGGAAUUUAUUUGUAAUGUUCUGGUGGUAGCAGAUCAGUUGCUUGUAUCUCGACUGAAAGAAAUAUGUGAAGUAGCCAUUACUGAAAAACUUACUUUAAAGAAUGCUGCUGAGCUGCUGGAGUUUUCAGCAACUUAUAAUGCUGAACAGUUAAAAUUGUCCUGCUUCCAGUUCAUAGGACUAAACAUGGCAGCCUUGCUUGAAGCGAGGACUCUGGAUGUCUUAAGUGAUGAGAUUUUGAAGGACCUUUCCUUGGCUUACAGAAAAAUGAUUCCAGCCAUGGUCAGGAGAGUGAUUACUCCAUAUCAAGAUGGACCUGACAUCAGCUCUUUGGAGCCUGAUGAUGGAGAAAACUUUCUCUUUUUGAAAGAAGAAAUCAGUAUAGAACAAACAUCUCAGGAAGCUCUUCUCAAAAAAGCAAAAACGAGGGCUAAAAAGAAGCCACGAAGACGAUCGGACAGCUCUGGAGGAUAUAAUCUUUCAGAUAUUAUUCAGAGUCCGCCCUCCACAGGUUUAAUAAAAUUGGAUAAGGCGAACUCUGUGGAGUCUCUUCCAGAACUGUUGACAUCUGAUUCUGAGGGCAGUUAUGCUGGAGUCAGUAGUCCCAGAGAUUUACAAUCCCCUGACUUCACAACAGGAUUUCAAGCAAAUAAGACAGAGAUAAAAAACAAAAUGUAUGUUCAGGAUGUAAAAGCCCCGCAUUCAAAUACAGAGAUGAAAUUAAGUGAGGGGACAUCAGCAUUGAAACAGUCUGUUCCACAGUCAAUACCCAGUAAUAAAAACAAUUCUGCAAGUUCUCCAGGUUGGGUUGCUACCUCUUUCAGCCUUGCCAGUCCUCCUGCUGUGGACCUAAGAACCAUCAUGGAACUUGAGGAAAAUAUGCAGAAGCGUGGAACUAUGCCAAAGACAAAUUCAAGUAAAUCUGCUUCUCUUGGAAUCAAGCUUUCUCAGAAGCAAAGAAAAAUGAUUGCCAUGGCGGCUAAGGAUAAUGGUUCAUUUACCAUCAACCUGGAGACUACUCCCAAUACAGCCACUCCUGCAAAAGCUGCAAAACCAGGAAGUGCAUGGGCAUCUUCAUUACAUUCAACUUUGCCAAAGUCAUUCCGCAAUCUCGUACUGGAAGAAGAAAAAUCUGUCAGUGCAGGUCAUCCUCCAGGCAUCAGUGUCAAAAAAGUUUGUUUUAAAGGAAUUGAGGGUCCGCGUGCUGAAAAGGCUGUAAGAUGCACAAUCAAAUGCAGCCCAGGUCAAGAAGAAGAUCGUGUUUCUGAUUUACCACAACUGGAGAAUUAUAAUCCAUGGUUAGUGACAUCCUUGACUAGCUCUACUGCAACAGAGCCUAUCACAUUUGCAGCUAUUGUAGAGGAAGAGCUCCAACAAGAAGCAGCUCUUAUCAGGAGCAGAGAGAAACCUUUGGCUCUGAUCCAGGAACCCUUCUCACAAGAGUCUUCUCGGGCAGGAGGUUAAGGAGCUGCUGCAGCUGGAUGCAGUAUUGAGGAACGUGCUAUUCAGGAUUUGCUAAUCCACUACACAGCUUUUGACAACCCUGAUGAAUUUGUUGUCAUUGAAAGGGCUCCACAGGGACCUAUCGCAACACCUUUAUGGAACAAGCACUGAUGCUAAUCCAUCAUGAAUGUCAUGAAGAUGUGUCUACUUCAGAGUUUUUGACUUUUAUUACAGGUAGAACUGGACUGGGGACGAAGAGUCGUGUAAAUUUAGUAUCAGUGUUAAAAUGCUGCACAUAAUCUGCAUGUGUCUGAUUAUUCUAGAAAACAAGUGCAGACUACAAUUUGUGUCCAUUAUUCACACUGUAUAAUGUACGUAUAUUUUGACUACAAACUUAACCCGAUCCUGUGUUGUUAACAUUCUGUAUAAAAUUGUUUAGUGAAAAUACAUUUGCUUUAUAUUAAGGUUUGGUCCCUAUUUAAGACAGUAAGGUUUUUGUUAAAUUCACAGGUGGUGGUGAAAAGUAGGAACUAAUUUUGUGAUUAUUGUAAAACAGACCCUGCAAAAUCAUGCAUAUUUUAAAUAUGAGCACUUAAUCAGGAUUGAAAGGACAGAUUAGAAAUAAUCCCAAAUAUAUUUUUGCUUAAACUUCAUCUAAAAAUACAAUUUGGCAAUGCAGUUUCCCCUAACCUCUGAUAUGUAUGUAUGAGUGCUGGUCCUCUCAGCUUAUAGUACUUUUGAUGUCACUCUUCAUGAUGAGACUCUGUGCUGGCCUUAAAGUGCUGUGCUGCUAUAUGCUUCCAGUUCAGUUGUGUGUGGUUUCAUGCUGUUGUUGGAUUGGCAUUUUGAGCAGCCUGAGCUAUAUAAUAAGCUAAAAUGAACACAGUUCCAGUGGGAUGUGGUAUCACUAGUUGGUGUAGGCUAAUAAAUUGGUACCAUGUUAUAACCACCGUGUUAAAGUACAGUAUAUUUAAAGUGCUAGGGAAAUGGGAAACAUGUAUGUUAACUAUUAGAACUACAAGGAUGAAUGCUUAACUGUGGAUUUUAAAAAUGUCUGUCCUGCAAAGAUUCAAUAUUGUGUUUAAAAAGUUUGUUGUGCCUGGUUUCUCUGAACAGAUUUAUAAAAAUUGUUUAAUAGCUUUAUGUACAAUAAGCUGUCUUGUUGGUUUGUGUUUGGGUAGUUACAUGUGGAUUUACCAGUUUCAGUAAUUUCAGCGUUUACAUAUAUCUUGGGCAAACUGGAGAGGAUCAGGCUUAGAGAAGGUAGUAUACCCAGAUGAAUGUACAAAGCAAUCACUGUGUGAUAAAUUAUCUGAGUCUUGAAAAACAAUGUAGCUGCAUCUAAUGGCUUCAGGUGAGCUACAUUUUAAAAAAAAGCAAAUGUAAACAAAUGCAAUAAACAUUAAAAUCUCAA